GAAGCUUUGUAGAGAGGGAAUCAACUUCGCUCAAAUGCUUGGGGGAAACACGAAAAUGCUGGUGUUAAGUUGCUAAUUAGAGGACAUUGGUUUCUUAACUAAAGAUAAAUCACAAAUGGGUACAUCUGUUAUGAACAAGGACAACGUCAAUGGCAGCAGGAUUAGCCACUGGAAGCAAAAAGAGUUGUAUUUUCUGGUGACCUGUGCUUUUGUUUUCUAUAUUAUCAUCAUCAGGCGUUCCCUUCAACUCUCUCAUGAUCAUUACAAAAAACUAUUCGGUUUACGCCUGGGAUGGCUCAUACCUCAUCACCUCAAUGAUGUCUCAGAUGCUCAAUGGAGGAAUUUUCGAGGAAAUAUACCUGUUCUUACUCUUGUCUUUGGGAUUUUCACUCUGCUGGCCAACUUGAUGAGGGCUUUUUUUAAUUUAAAAGCGGGGGGAAUGUCCAUUGUCUGGCUUUUAUUUUCUUUGGCCUACCUAUCAUAUCUACAUGGAGCAUGCAUCAUAUUUAUCUUAGCAAUAGCUACUAUUAAUUUUCUUCUUGUAAAGAUAUUUGCACGGAAAAAGUACUUUCCACUUGUAGUAUGGGGUUACAACAUAUUAUUUCUUCUCUGUAACCGGAUUUAUGAAGGAUAUUCAUUCUCUAUAUUUGGGCACCGAUGGGCGUUUUUGGACAAUUACCGGGGCAGCUUUAGGUGGCACAUAUGUUUCAAUUUUGUUGUUUUGCGCAUGAUAAGCUUUGGAUUUGAUUAUCAUUGGACAAAUCAAGAUUCUCAUUUUGAUCACGAGAAGCAUUAUCAACGGUGUCAUAUUUGUAAAUCAGGAAAAUCUUGCUAUCAAGUUUUACAGGAGAGAAGUCUACCGAAUGACAAGUUCGGAUAUACCAUAUACCUUUGUUAUUUGGUGUAUGCGCCACUUUAUAUUGCUGGUCCAAUACUGAGCUUCAAUGCUUUUGCCUCACAGCUAGAUGUUCCCCAAAAUACUAAUUCUCUUAGAAAUGUGACACUCUAUGGUUUCCGUUGGGUAUUGAGUCUUCUCCUUGUGGAAUUAAUGACACAUCUAUUCUAUUACAAUGCCUUUGCUAAUAGUGGUUUGUGGAAGCACUUAUCUCCUCUGGACGUGUUCAUCAUUGGAUAUGGGGUCUUAAACUUCAUGUGGCUAAAAUUUUUACUGAUCUGGCGCUUUUUUCGUUUCUGGUCACUGAUAAACGGAAUUGAGACUCCAGAGAAUAUGCCAAAAUGUAUUAAUAAUUGCCACAACAUGGAAGGCUUUUGGAAAAAUUGGCAUGCUUCAUUUAACAAGUGGCUUGUGAGGUAUAUGUAUAUUCCUCUUGGGGGAUCUCGGAAAAAGCUUCUAAAUGUAUGGGUUGUAUUCACAUUUGUUGCUAUCUGGCAUGAUUUAGAGUGGAAGCUUCUUUCAUGGGCAUGGUUGACAUGUUUAUUCUUCAUCCCUGAGAUGGUUUUAAAAUCAGCAGCAAAAACAUUUCAGGCUGAAAGUUCUUUUGGGGAAUGCAUAUUUCGUGAACUCAGUGCUGUUGCUGGUGCUGUCACAAUUACUUGCCUCAUGGUGGCAAAUCUGAUUGGUUUUGUUAUUGGACCUACUGGCGUUAACUGGUUGCUUUCUUCUUUCCUUCACAAGGAAGGGCUGCCUGUCCUUGGGGGCAUGCUCGUGACAUUUUACAUUGGAACAAAGCCUGAAUAUUUGCAGUUAAUGUUCCUCAUAGAUGAAGCAAAGCAAAGGUCAUCCUGAAUGUUUAGUUCUAGGAGUUUCAAAUCUGUCACGUAACAGUGUGCUUGGCUUGGACGUAUGUGUGGAUGUAGUUCUUGACAGAUUUACCGAUGCAUUGUAUAUCUAAAUGAGAGCCCAUGGCUUCGAAUUUUGUAAAUCAUUUUAUGUAAAAAUCUUAGUUAACAGAGGACAAGGAAAAUGAAAAAGUAAAUCUUUUUUAAAAAGGGGUAGGUUUCAGUGAUCAAAUCUCUUUUUUGGUUGCUGGAAGAUUGCUCAAACCUCGAACUUGACACCUUAUUACUGCAUCUUUGGUAUUUAUUUUUUUCGG